AUGGCGGAACAAAUCCCAUAUGGUGUGGCUACAAGUCUCAUCAACACGUUGGCUUCAGCAGCCUUCAGAGAGAUUGCUUCCAUCUAUGGGGUGGAGAGAGAGAUUGAUUGGCUGAAGGAAACUAUUGAAGACAUUAAAGCUGUGCUCGCUGAUGCUGACCAGAAGCAGCACACUGAACAACUCAUCCAGCGCUGGAUAACCAAACUCAAACAAGUGCUUUAUGAAGCAGAUGACUUGCUUGAUGAGAUCCACGAUCAACAUUUGCUGCGCAUGAGGGACGGAAAAGGAAAGGGAAAGGGAAAGGUACGUGACUUCUUCUCAUGCUCCAACCCAGUUGCUUUACGCGGCAAAAUUGCUCGCAACAUUAGAAAGAUUAGAGCGCAAUUUAACGAUGUUGCUGAAACUAUGUCAAAGUUGAAUUUAGAUCGAAGAGUUGUUGAAAAGAAGCGUGAAAAGAGUAACUGGAGGGAAACUAGUUCUUUUGUGCUCCAAGAGGAUGUGGUUGGUAGGGAGGGAAACAAGAAGGACAUAAUUGAUUUGUUGUUCAAUCCUAAUGGCGAUCAAAAUGUUUCCUUGGUUUCUAUUGUCGGCAUUGGGGGCUUGGGCAAAACUGCUCUUGCUCAGUUGGUGUUCAAUGAUGCCGACGUGCAACGUUUUUUCAACAAGCGAAUGUGGGUGUGUGUUUCUGAAGACUUUGAUGUGAAAUUUCUUGUGAGAAAGAUAGUAGAAUCAUUACUUAACAAAAAAGAGGACGAUCAACAAUUACAGUUACUUCAAAAUAAACUUCAAGAGAAUUUGAAUGGCCAAAGAUAUUUGUUAGUCCUUGAUGACGUGUGGAAUGAGGAUCCCGAAAAGUGGCUGCAUUUGAAAAAUUAUUUGAUGUGUGGUGCCCAAGGUAGUAAGAUUUUAGUGACUACACGCAAUCAAGGAGUAAGCAAUGUAAUGGAUGUAAAAAUGCCAUAUCUUUUGGAAGGAUUAAAAAAUGACCAAUCUUGGAGUUUGUUGAAAAGAUUGGCAUUUGACCAAGGUAAAAUGAUGACCCAAAAUCUUGAGUGUAUUGGCCAAAAAAUUGCGGAAAAAUGUGCCGGUGUUCCACUGGGAAUAAGAGUUAUGGGAAGGUUGUUGCGAUCAAAAUCUUUGGAAAGUGAUUGGGAAGCAAUCUUGGAAGGUGACUUUUGGAAUACACUUGUAAAUGAGAAUUCAGUUAUGCCAAUUUUAAAGUUGAGUUAUGACAAUUUGGCAAUUGAAUUAAAACAGUGUUUUGCUUAUUGUUCUUUAUACCCAAAAGGUAGGAAAUAUGGAAAGGAUGAAUUGAUUGACUUGUGGAUGGCACAAGGCUUCCUUGAAAACAAAGAUGAGAACAAUCAAUGUCUUGAAGACGUUGGUGAAGAGUAUGUUCGUAUUUUGUCGAUGAAAUCGUUUUUGCAAGACAUUGAGAUGGAUGAAUUAGGUGAAAUAAAAUAUUUUAAAAUGCAUGAUUUGAUGCACGACUUGUCCCAAUCAGUUGCUACCUCUGAUUAUUGCCUACAUGUUGAGGGGAGAAAAAAUCUUGCGAGGUGUCCUAUCCAUGCUUCUUUUGAGAAAAACAACUCCCUUGAUUCAUUGAAAAUGCUGGAUCCAAGUAGAUUGAGAACUUUUCUUGAAAUAAAUAGAAAAGGUGAAAGGAAUCCGUCCGAUUUUUUUGAGUUCAAACGCUUACGUAGUCUGAAUUUAUCAUUGCAUGGUGGGAUGAGAGAUUUGCCUAAAUCAAUAGGUAAAAUGAGCCAUUUGAGGUAUCUUAAUCUCUCCUUUUGUUCUCAGUUGACUUGCUUGCCCGAAAGUAUAAGCAGCCUAGUCCAUUUGCAAGCAUUGAUAUUGAAUUGGUGUGGCCAUCUUAAAUUUUCUGGAGAUAUUAUCACAAAGUUGAUAAAUUUGCGCCAACUUGAUAUAAAAGGUUGCAAGGCCUUUGAAGCUGGGAUGCCCAUCGGGUUAGACAGGAUGACUACCAUGCAAAGGUUGUCACAUUUCAUAGUCGGUAGUGAUGAUAAAGUGACAAAGAAGGCCAAAUUGAAUGAAUUAAAAGAACUAAACCUUAGAGGUAAGUUAGUCAUUGAGAAACUUGGUUCAGUGAUGGAUGUGGAGGAAGAGUCUGGGGAUGUUAAUUUGAUAGCAAAGAAAAACCUCAUUUCCUUGACCCUAAAAUGGGGAGACCAUCCAGAGAUGAAAAACAAUGAUGCUACAAGAUUAUUGAAAAAUCUCCGCCCUCAUCAAAAUUUGAAGGCUUUGAUAAUAGAAAAGUACCCGGGAGGAUGCCUUUCCCGAUGGCUUUUGUCGUGUACAAAUCUAGUUGAAUUGAAGCUCUCCAGUAUGAGAACUUGUCAAUACUUGCCACCAUUGGAAGGACUUGUUUGUCUCAAGACUCUUCACAUCAAGUUCAUGCAUAAAUUGGAGUGCAUAUAUUAUAAGGGACGUUCCUCUUCAACUUACUUCUUCCCAUCUUUGGAUGAAUUAAAAAUUGAGUGCUGUGGAAGUUUGAGGGGGUGGCAAAGGGAGGAUAAUGUCCGAACUACAAGAGAUAAUGGGUGGCAUCAUUCACUACCUCCAUUUUCACGUCUUUCAUCUUUACAAAUUGAUGCAUGCCCAAACCUAAGUUGCAUGCCUACUUUUCCAAAUCUCGUGAGCCAUCUGGAAUUAAUUGACUCUAGCACAAAGCCAUUGGUAGACACAUUAAAUAUGAGCACAAUUGGGCCAUCAACAUCAGAUGAUAUGACCCCUUCUCUCUCCAUGCUUAAGUCUCUUCACAUUGAAGGGAUAGACAUGGAAGCAUUACCAGAGGAAUGGAUGCAAAAUCUCUCCUCUCUUAAACAUCUUUCGAUUGCCGAUUUUUCAAGUCUAGAGAAACCAUUUCAUCAUAUGCGAAAUCUAUCUUCUGCACUUGAAGCAUUCACUGUUGGCAUCCUUGGUUCAUGGUAUGGUGAUGAGGAUUAUAAUUUGAGUCGCUGGUCUCAGAUGAAUGAAAGGUUCAUUGGGCUCAACAAAUUAUGCAGAUUUGUGUGCAGCGAAGCCAUUGCAGCAGAUAUCAAAUCUGAUAGAUCUUUCUCUCAAUAUACAUUCAUAGCAGAGAACCAGCAAUUUGCCUUCGGAAGAUUGAAGCCAAAUGACAAUAAACUGCGGGUCUCACCCUCUUGA